AUGAUUGUUUUGCUUUUAGUCCAGAAAGUCAUUUUAGAGGAAUAUUGUACGUUGGACUGCCUAAAGGUUGCAAAACUAGUAUUGAUGAAAUAUGAGUCAGUGGAAUUGACAAUCAAGAGUAAUUUGAGCAGAAUUGACAGAAAAAGAAGUAUUUGGAUGAUGUAUAGUUUGGUUGUCAAGGUUACUCGUAUGCUUAUUAGGAAUAAUGUAUUUAAAGAAUCACAUGGAAUCUAUCUUUUGGCUUUUCAAAAAGUAUUUAGAAAGGCGAUUGAAUGUUCAACUUCACUCGGGACAGUUGAGGAUGGAAAAGAAAUAAAAGUGUUAAGACAGAUAGACAGCAAGGACAAUCACACAGAUACAAAGGGACAGAAAGAGGAAAAAGAGGAAGAGGGUUUUGAACAGAGAUAUAAGACUUUAAUGCGAUGUAUGAUUGCUUUCCUACGGGUCAGGCAGAAAGCAAUUCAGGGACGGUGA